AUGGAUGGUCGGACGACCAGCGAGGCUGCCAGCUUGGCGCAGCUACCAAAACGUGGCUAUCUUGAAAGUGGCAGAAAUAUAUCAGUAAAAUUCAAUGGCCUGGAACUUAAGUGUCCUACUACUGAGCUCUGCCCUCAUCACGAGCUCAGAGGAUGCUCAGAGAGGAUGAUACAAAGAAAACGCUCUCUCAUACUUGUGAGCUCUGCUAUUGGAUUGGCUUGUGGUCUAGCUGCUCUAAUCAUUACACCUUGCAUCUACGCUGCAUUCGAGUACGAUCGACGACUAGCUCGAGCUAGACACAUACGGACAUGGCGUACCGAAUUGGAAUUGGAGCUGGAGCACGAGCGUUUUGAAGACGACUCCGAUGAGGAAAUAGUUCGCGAAAAGCCGCAACAGCCGAAUGUACAGAAGAUCGACCAAAAGCCGAAUUUUUUGGAUUCUGAAUCACUUAUUAUAGAGCCGUUAGAUCAGAAAGUUGUCACAGAUGCUGUAUCUUCGGAGCGGGAUGAUCACGAGUUCCCUGGUAAGACGAAUUUGAUAAAAAGCGUGAGAUCUUCGCGAGACAACUCGGAUAUCAGUCAAAGUGGACGGGCUCUGGCCGGUGAUGGAGGGAAGGAAACACUACGACAAAACUCUCUGCCCAAAAUAGUUGCCAAAAGCACAAGAACACCUGGUCCAUAUAAAAAAUCCGAGUCACUUUUAUCACCAGCUAAUCAGCCACUCCUCGAAGAAAACCGAACAACACCCUCUCCAGAGCACAGCAAGGGGUCUUGCGAAAGAAAACCACCAUCACCAUGUUCAGGGAGGAAUAAGCGAUCACAAAUGGUGGUCGCAGUUUACGAUAAAAAAACGGUCGGCUGA